UUCUAUCAUCUUUAAUAAAACAAACUGUUUGUCAUCUUUCAAUUCAGAUACGGUUUAAACUUUGAAUUGAAAAAAUGUUUCGUAAUCAAUAUGAUAGUGAUGUUACAGUAUGGAGUCCCCAAGGUCGUCUGCAUCAAGUAGAAUAUGCGAUGGAGGCUGUUAAACUUGGAACGGCUACAGUUGGAUUAAAAAACAAAUCUCACGCUGUUCUUGUUGCUUUAUGCAAACCUUUAUCCGAGUUAUCUGCUUCGCAGCGAAAAAUUAUUCCAAUUGACGACCACUUGGGUAUCUCGAUUGCUGGCAUUACGGCCGAUGCUAGGGUGCUGAGCAAGUGGUUGCGCUCUGAAUGCUUAAAUUACAAACAUUCUUAUGAAAGCAUUUAUCCGAUUUCGCGUUUAAUAACUAAUUUAGGAAACAAAAUGCAAACUACUACUCAACGAUAUGAUCGGCGUCCUUUUGGCGUAGGCCUUCUUGUUGCUGGAUAUGAUGAAAAUGGUCCACAUAUUUAUCAAGUGGUCCCUUCCGCUAAUUAUAUUAACUGCAAAGCAAUGUCUAUAGGGUCGCGAUCUCAAAGUGCCAGGACUUACUUAGAACGACAUCUUAGCAGUUUUAAUGAUUGUACCACGGAUGAAAUUAUAUGCCACGGUAUAAAUGCAAUUCGGGGCUCUCUUUCAAAUGAUGAAUUAAUAACUAAAACCGAAAAUUUGUCACAAUUGAACAUUACCAUUGCCAUUGUAGGGGAAAAUUACAACAAAUUUACAAUUCUAACUGACGAGGAAACCAACAAAUAUCUUGAAAUGGCCAAUAACAGUAACAGUUUAGAUGAUCAACGCAAACCAACUGAGGUUGUCGGCACAUCUGGGUCAGAUGAUGACCCAAAGCCCGGACCAAGUGACAGUGACCCACAAGUUGCAGUAGGUACGAUGGAAUGAACUCAAUAUGAUUGAUGUAUGUGCAUGUCACUUUUUGUGGAAAUAAUUAAAGGAAAUGUACAUUUUGAAGAAAA